AUGUUUCAAUCAAAAAGAGGAGGGUUACAAAUCAAAGUAGAUAAUAGAGCUGAUACUUCUGCAAAUAACAAUAACAAUAACAAUAAUAAUGGUAAUCCACAACAAAAUAUAAACUCUAUAGCUCCAACUGGUAACAAUAAUAUUGUAGAUGAAAAGUCUACCUUUUCUUUGUAUGUUAUAACAUAUCAAUCAAUCUCAUUAGAUCAAACAAAUAGUGGUACAUUUAGAGAAGGUGAUUUGGCAAUCAACAAGAAAGGAUUAUUAAUAUGUGGAGAAUCACCAAAGAAUAGUCCUUUGAAUUUUGUAGAUAGAAAAAGACCAAUCAUUCAAAGAAGUUAUAAUAAUUAUCAACAACAACAACAACAACAAACAAAUGAACAACAACAAAAUAAUAAUAAUAAUAACUAUACAACAACAACUACUAAUAAUAUAAUGAGUAAUCAACCACAAUAUGAAAAUAUAUUAUCAUUAGAAUUAAAAGAUUUAAAGAUUAUAAAGAUAUUGGGUAGAGGAGAAGGAGGAGUAGUGAAAUUGGCAUAUCAUGAAUCUAGCAAGACAUCUAUUGCAUUAAAGGUGAUUCCAUUGGAUGUACAAGAGAAUAUUCGUAAACAAAUCAUUUUAGAGUUGAAAACACUACAUCGAACACAUUGUCCCUACAUUGUAUCAUUUUACGAUGCCUUUUAUACCGAAGGGUCGAUUCAUAUUGCAUUAGAGUAUAUGGAGGGUGGGUCAUUAUCAGAUUUGAUGAAAUUGAUUCGUGGACCAAUCCCCGAAAACAUAUUGGGUCGUAUCACAUUCCAAGUGUUGGAGGGACUGCACUAUCUCCAUCGUCAACUACAUCUUAUCCAUCGUGACAUCAAACCAUCAAACAUUCUAAUCAACAAACUUGGACAGGCAAAGAUAUCAGACUUUGGUGUAAGUAGUCAACGUCAAGACACUCUUUCCAAGGCUGUUACAUGGGUUGGAACAGUUGUCUACAUGUCACCAGAAAGAAUAUCUGGAAUGUCUUAUUCCUACGACUCUGAUAUCUGGUCACUUGGUCUAACUCUUUUAGAAUGUGCUCUUGGCUAUUUCCCAUACUCUCCACCAAAAUCGGCCAAUACCGAUGAUUCUGGUAUUGGAUUCUGGACACUAAUGGAUACUAUUGUUAAAACUCCAGUUCCAACUUUACCAAUUGAUAAAUAUUCAAAAGAAUUUUGUUCAUUUAUUAGUGAUUGUUUACAAAAAGAACCAGAAGAAAGACCAUCAUCAUCAAAAAUAUUAAAUCAUCCAUUUAUUAAAAAAUAUAAAGAUGAAAAGGCUGAUGAAUGGAUUGCCAGUCAAUUAAAACAACAUCAAAGUAGCUAA